UGAACAAAUAAUUAAACGUACUGGUCUGUAAUAAUAUCUUUCCCAGUAAGCCAUCAGUAAGUAUAUAGUGCGAAACGACCCUACAUGGGGGCGAACCGACUCAGUUAAAAGAGAGGACAAUUAAGGCAUUUGGCCUGAAACAGUUUGACAUACGUAUACGGUUUACCCGUUAACAAGACAAAGAUGGGUAACACUUCAUCGAGAGGAAGAAUCAUAUCGACUGAAAAGACUCCCCAACAACCACAAGGACCUCCAUACCCAGGACCAAGUGCAGAAUACUUCUUCCUGAACACUGAGGUGUCAAUCUCUGCUCACAUUCGUUUGUUUGUUACCAGUAACACCAUGAUAACCACCGACAUCGACAACUACUAUCCACUACUUGCUAGAAAAUAUGAAGAAGGCUUCAGGCUGUUGACGUUUUACCGCAUUCCUGAUGUGGUGCGGCAGAAGGGCAUUAGUCUAAGUAAUCCCACUGUGACCAGCCCAUUUCAGGGCAUCUUCUGUUGCUACCCGGCCGUGCAAUCCAGCGAAUGGUGGCAGCUCAAGGUGGAGAAGUCCACACUGGUGACUCAGAACAUCCACAAAGGACUCAUCUCAUUCAGCAUGACUCAGGGUACAGUCAGUGACACGUCACAUCUGUAUCAAACCAUAGUAAACAACACACAGGAUGGCAGUCGACUUGUAUGCCUAGAGAUGACUGGCGACCUCAAGGGGCAAGGAUAUAGAGCAGCAAGACGUGGAAUCAGUCCAGUUAUGGGAGUUGAUCUGUUCUUUGAGGUUCCAACAACGCCAACCAUGGAGAGAUAUGUUUACCAGUGUGUCCCCAUCCCCAUCAACGUCGAGUAUUCCAUAUCAUUUGGGUCCAGUGGGAUCCAUGUUGACUGUGACUGGAAUGGUCAUCUGGGAGGUUUUCUUAGCCAGGGCUGGCGUCUGGUGGAGAUAUUCAUGGACAAGAGUAUUCAGUACCAACAACAUGGGUUCUCAAGCAGCGGUGCACACAAUUCAGUCUGGUUCUUUGAGAAACCUGCUUCUUGCAUUGAGAACCCCACCCCAGUGUACCAGGGAAUGGUCGUUGACCAUUGGAUGAAGGUGGUGGGUGGCCUGGGUGGCACCCAUGCCAAGACCAACUGGGAACCUGUGAUCCAGCAGUUUGGCAGUCAGGGCUGGGAAUUGGCCUGUAUUCUGGAAACGCCUGAAGUUGAAAGGGCAGGCCUUAUUUCAAUUAAAAGAAAGAUGUUGCUGUUCUUCCAAAGGCACAUUUUGCCUCCUUUGGGAUCAACACCGUAUGUACCAGGUAUGCAUAUGCCAGCUGGCCCUGACCCAAACACAUACGAUUUAUCAAGACAGGAGCCUCCCCCUCCUUAUGCAGAAGCAUCCAAGCAUUAAGCUGUAAUUAUUAUUGUGGAUCGAUGCCAAAAAGGUAAAGCACAUAAUAAAUUUUCAUGCACACGGCAUCUUCAUUGGAUAUUUUUGUGCCUUUGAACCACACUAUAUCAAAAGUUGUGAUAUGUGCUCCCCUGUGGACAGUGCAUAUAAAAAGACACUAUUCUGCUAAUCAGUAAUGAGAGAAGCUUACUUUAUCUUCAUUCAAUUAUAGGUAUUUUUGUGCUUCAAUCAUUAGGUUCAAGCACACUUUCCUGACACCUACCCACAAAGUUGUACUCGCUCUGGGUGGGAGCCUGUACUGGGAGGUGAACCCAGUACCUAUCGUCCGGUUGCUUAACCACUACACCACUGAGGUCAGUAAUUACUGAACUGAUUUGUGGGCAAACAAAAAUCCAAUCCAUUCCUAUCAACAAGUGUUUCAGUGUCACAAGAAGGGAAACAACUCUGAUCUACAUGUACCUUUGACCAGCUGCCUUGGAGGUUGCUUAGUACCAAAGAAGAGAGUUCGGUGUUGAAGUUCGAGGUACACCGUCAAAUAUUUACGGAGUAAAGCAGCUGUGGGUGUGAUUAGUAGUACCGUAAUAUGUGACAUUAUUUGUGCAAAUACUAUUAUCCAUUGACAAUAAAUAAAUACACUUGUAUUUGUUAUACCG